CUCUUAUUUGCUUGGGAGUAGCUCAACUGUAUCUUUGUCACUUUGUUUCUUUGUGGGUUUUUUAAAAAUCUCUGCAAGUCAUUGGAAAAUUUUGAAUCUGUAGAGGGAAUCUGUGAAAGAGAGGGAGCACUGUUCGUGCAACAACAUAGCCCGUUGACAUUUGGAUUCUCUGAUGGCGAGAGUUGAAGAAGAAUAUCCGACUGGUAGCUUUGCAUUCAAGAGAGUGUUUUGUCCUUUCUAUGUGUUCACAGGAUUUAUGAUGCUUGUUUGUACAUGGGCAUAGUUUCUUUCUGAGUACAGAGGCCGAGUUUUAAGGGAAAAUCUGGGAUGCUGUUUAUGUGAUAAAAGUCAAAUCUCUUAAUCACAGAAUGUGCGACUACCCAGUUGUAAGAUCUGCCUUGCGACAUGAUUCUAUCUUGAAAAGUUCACACUCUGGUGCAAGUAAUUGCCGUUUAGAGACUCAGUUAGCUGUUGUGGAUGAACUUCGCGCUGAUAACUUAUUAUUAGAGGUGAGGAAUUAUGACGAAGCUGCUAGCAGUCCUGAGUUUUGUGGUGAAAGUCACAGCUCUUAUUCUUAUAGAUUUAGACUCGAGCAAGAUGUACAAAGAUUACAACAGCAGCUACAAAAAGAGAUUGAACUACAUUCUAUCCUGGAAAAUGCUAUUGAGAAGAAUGCUGUUAAAUUAUCUAGUCCAUCAUGUCUCCCUCAACAAGCCCAGGAGCUUCUCUCCAAUAUUACGGUUUUGGAGGUGACAGUUUCAAAAUUAGAGCAGGAGAUGAUCUCUUUGCAUUUCCAGCUUAGUCAAGAGAGAAAUGAACGGAGGCUUGCUGAGUACCGCUUGAAGCAUUUAUCGACGCAGUCAAUAUCUACUGGCUCGUCUGGCAUAACAUUAACUCAGACUACAUCUUCUUUGAGGUGCUUGAAGCAUUCAAAUUCUGAAUUGCAUCAUUCUUCUGAAUCAGAAUCUACUGGUGAAUCAUCUUGUACAAAGCUAGCAAUGGAGGAUGCAAUGGACUCACCCGGGCUUUUCCGUGAUAAGAAAAUAUUCACAAAGAUAGAUACCGAUUCCACUCAGCCUGUAAAAUUCAGGACACUUUUUAAAGGAAUGCCACUUAAAGGCCUUUGGGAUCACCCUAAUCUACUAUCGGAAGAGAUGGUAAGAUGUAUGAAAAAUAUAUUCGUGUCCCUGGCUGAUUCUGCUAUACCUUCGAAAUCAUCUGCAUCAGGGACCCACUGUUCAACUAUGUCACCUCGGGGACAUCUUUCCAGUUCAUCUUGGUGGUCAUCAUCUGAGCGCUCAAUGAUUUCUUCCUGGGUUCAGAGCCCACGAGUAGACAUAGAAAGGAACUCUGAGGUGUUGGCUUCAGAGAACACCUUUGAUCCUUAUAGAGUGCGUGGAAAGUUAAGUUGGGCAGAUAUUGGAAACUAUGGUUUGGCAACUGAAGUUUCUUGCAUGUCAGUUGGGAAGGAGCAACUAGAAUAUGCUUCGGGGGCACUAAGGAGGUUUAGAACACUUGUUGAGCAACUAGCCAGAGUGAACUCUAUCCACUUGAGCUACCAUGAGAAACUUGCUUUCUGGAUCAACUUGUACAAUGCACUGAUCAUGCAUGCGUAUUUGGCAUACGGAGUUCCAAGAAGUGACUUGAAGCUUUUCUCGUUGAUGCAAAAGGCAGCAUACACUGUUGGAGGCCAUUCAUUCAGUGCGGCUGCUAUCGAGUAUGUGAUUUUGAAAAUGAAGCCACCCCUACACAGGCCACAAAUUGCUCUGCUCCUUGCCCUUCACAAGUUGAAGGUAUCAGAGGAGCAACGGAAAUCUGCGAUCGAUUCAUAUGAACCACUUGUAGCUUUUGCUCUUAGCUGUGGACUGUACUCAUCACCUGCGGUAAGGAUCUACACAGCUGAGAAAGUGGAGGAAGAGCUUCAAGAAGCUCAGCAUGAUUUCAUUCGGGCUUCAGUUGGGAUUAGCUACAAAGGGAAGCUAUUGGUGCCGAAAAUGCUACACUGCUUUGCCAAAAGCUAUGUGGACGAUUUGAAUUUGGCAGUGUGGAUAUCGCAUUACCUUCCACCCCAUCAAGCUGCCUUUGUCGAGCAAUGCAUUUCACAAAGACGACAAAGCCUUCUUGGUUCUCGCAACUGUGGCAUUCUUCCUUUUGACUCUCGCUUCCGUUACCUAUUCUUGCCUGACAAAACACCACUUAAGUGAUACCUCUUGUAUCAUUCCUUACAUUCUCUACUUACUGGGAAACUGUGUCAAAACUUGUCCGGGCCACUAAAAGAUGCUACAAGAACUACGCUACAUCUCCAACGGUGUGAAUCUCAGCCUUGUUUCUCAUUACAGGGAUGGUGUUGUUUUGGCGUAUCGCUGGAGAGAUCUGUGGUAUCCCCUUUGGGAUUGUACAUUUUGUCCGUCAGGGAAGCACAACGCAACGAAGAUUGAUGAAUGAUGUUUUAGCAUUAAUCCGACAAGUUUUGGAUAAAGGUUGCAAUAAUUUGUUUUACGGUCAUGGGGUGCACAGGUAUGUUGUAUACCUGUACUUGGUCUGUAUAGGUCUUGAUCUAGCUUUUUUUAGAAUAACUUGGAAAUCAACCAAAGCCAUCCGCCUAUGUAUCUGAUUUUGUACUCUGCAUGUAGAGAGUUACCUAGUUCGCGCCUCGACCUUGUUCAUCGUUGAAAGCAGUCAUGGAAACAUCUCUAACUGAAUCUGUUCGAUUUCUGUACCUGUUUAAACUGUUGAGAGCUUAUGCCAGAAAAUCAUUGUGUUGUGUUAUUUCUUAUUUAGCUAACUCGCCUAGUUUUUGUUAGGAAUGAAGCAAUAUCAAGAUCAAUCUCAUUGAUUGUUA